AUAACCUCUCGCAUGAGAAAAACAAAUGCAGGUUUUAGUGCCGAGCGAUUAAUCGAGUGAUUGGCGUGGAUUGAUUGGAUCGAAAGGAUGUUGACGACGGAUGCGGCGCUCCUGUGGAGGACGCUCAAGGGGGUGAUUUGCAUUUACAAACCUGCCGACACGAAACUCUCGCACGUCCGAACAACAAUUAUAAACAAACUGUGCGCCGAUCUGAACCAAUUGGAUUGCAGACCUCCCAUAGAUCACGUCGUAGUGGAGCCGGACGAGAAGGACUGCUUCGAUGUGAAAGUCGUCCCUAAUCUGGCCGACCAUCCGAUGGUCGUGGGGCCCAGAUAUCAGGCCAACGAUCUUCCGUGCAGCUGGUCCAACUUCCUGGGCACAUCCACAUCGGGCGUACUCAUCUUGGGAUUGGGAAGACGCGGUACAUCGCUGGCGAAGAACAUCAGAGAGAACUACCCGACGCGAGCGUACAGGAUCAAAGGUGUCUUCGGUCAAUCGACCGAUAACAAUUACAAGGAUGGAAAGGUCGUCGAGAGAUCGACAUUCUGGCACGUGAAAUUGUCGAGACUGGAGAGGUUGCUCGCGAACAUGCAAGCCUCCCAUCAGAGGAAGAUGUUUGAAAUGUCCGGAGUCGAUAUGCAAUCACAGACGGCCUACGAUCUGGCAAUCAAAGGACCGAUCAGACCGGCAAACUCGAAGCUUCCCUUGAUCUACGGCCUCAAGUGCGUGCACUUUCAACCCCCAAACUUUACGAUAGAGGUGCAAUGCGUGAAUGAGUAUGAGAUGUAUCUGAAGACGUUGAUCCACGAGAUCGGAACAAGUUUGCAUUCUACGGCGCACUGUACAGGUCUUCAGUGCAUCAGGCACAGCCAUUUCACCCUCGACGACGCUUUUCUGCGUAGGCACUGGGACUUGAGACAUUUGAUGGCGAACAUGGAGAGAUGCAACAAAAUUAUAUCUGAGCACGGCAGCAUCGUGAGACAGGAGAACGCCACCCUGCAAAGAGUACAACAGUAGAUAGUGUAAAUUUAAAUAAAAUAAAUAAUAAUAGAAUAGAAAGUUGCCUA